UAUGGGGACGAUAACGAUUGGCGCGCCAUAGUAGGAGGUACCUACUAAGGUACAAGAUGCCUUGACAUGAGGUACCCAGGUACUCUGGGCAAGCUGGUAAAAAAAAAAUAAAAAAUAAAAAAGCGAGCCGAAAUUCCAAACACCUGCCAACAACUCCACAAAUCUGAACACAGCAAGGGAGAGAGAGAAGCCUGGACGAUAUCCCAACGACCAACCCUCCUUCUAGAGCACCGAGAACCUAGGAAGAGCAGGCAUACUGCUGACGCAUCGGACGCCGUAUACGCAGCCACCACAACUUCGGUCUGCGGAGGAGCCGCUCGGCACAGAAAGCAGCAGAGGAAGCAUCACGAUGCCGUAUUACGCCACCAGCCAGGAGUGGCUGCGGCAGUCGUCGCUGCUCAUCGAGGCACGACCGACCACGACGCGCAUAACCACCAAAUACCACAUCAGCAAGCCGAAGCCGCGGCGUCCCAAGAAGUCCUCCUCCUCCUCCACCGCCACCACCUCCGGUACCGCCGCCGCCGACCCCCCCUCCUCCUCGACCCCAGCACCGCCGCUGCCGACGACGACAACGACGACGCAGCAGCAGCCCCGCGGCUCGCUCACGCUCAAGACGUACGACCCGCACUCGGGGGUGUGCCUCAAGUACCGGACGACGAAGGCGGCGGAGGUGUCGCGGCUGAUCCAGAGCCUGGGGCGGCCGCUCGGCGCGCGCAUGGCGGCGCUGGCGUCGGGCGCCGACGACGCCGCCGCCGCCGACGAGCCGAUGGAGGACGCGCCCCCGCCCGCUGCCGCGGCCGCUGGCGGGGGCGGCGAUAGCGGCAAGGCUGCCGAGGGCAAGAAGAAAGCCGCCGACGCGCCCGCCGCCGGGAGCAAGGCCCAGCCGGCAGGAGGAGGCAGCGCUGGGCCGGCGCCGGCGCAGGCGGGAGCAGGAGCAGGAGGAGGAGGAGGGGGAGGGGGAAAGGGGAAGAAGAAGCGCGGCAAGAAAUAGAAAGGGGGCUGGCUGGCU